UGACGCGGCCGUGAAGGGAUGGCGCUGCCUCCUCCUCAGUCUCCUCUCUAUGAAUAAGCAGAAUAGCGGCGGUCGAGUGGUCCAGGCGGAAGGAAGGAGGGGGCACCCGGGGCAGGUGGAAGGGGCCCAGGAGAUGGGAAGAGCAGGCUUGCUGCCUCUACAUGCCAUGAUGCUGCAGAGCUGUGUGUGAUCCUCCGCUGGUACCCAUCCAGCAGCCUCCCACCUCAUCCCUACUCAUCCCCCUUCCUCUGUGUGUCUCCCCUCCCCACCCAUCUGUCCCUCCAGUCUCACUCCCAGCACAAGGAACUAUGGCUGCUGAGGAGAUACCGCAGACUGUGGAGGAUUACAAGGCUGAGAUUGAGAGGUUGACCAAGGAGCUGAGCGAGACCACCCAGGAGAAGAUCCAGGCUGCAGAGUAUGGGCUGGUGGUGCUGGAAGAGAAGCUCUCCUUGAAGCAGCAAUAUGAUGAACUGGAGGCAGAGUAUGACACUCUGAAGCAGGAGCUGGAGCAACUCAAGGAGGCCUUUGGACAGUCCUUCACCGUCCACCGCAAAGUUGCUGAAGAUGGAGAGACCCGAGAGGAGACCCUAUUACAGGAGUCAGCGACCAAAGAAGAAUAUUACCUGGGCAGGAUAUUGGAGAUGCAGAUUGAUGUGCGGCAGAGUAAGGCGACCAUCGGCAAUGUCCAGGGCGAAAAUGAGCGUCUUACUGCUCUGGUCCAAGACUUAAAAGAGACAAAUGAAAUUCUGGAGCUGCAGCGAAUGCGGAUGAAGGAUGAGAUUCGGGAGUAUAAGUUCCGUGAGGCCAGACUGCUCCAGGACUACACCGAGCUGGAGGAAGAGAACAUAACUUUACAGAAACUGGUCUCUACACUGAAACAAAACCAGGUUGAAUAUGAGGGCCUGAAACAUGAGAUCAAGCGCUUCGAGGAAGAGACUGUGCUUCUAAAUAGUCAACUGGAGGAUGCUAUUCGGUUAAAAGAGAUAGCAGAACAUCAGCUGGAAGAGGCCCUGGAAACACUGAAGAAUGAGCGUGAGCAGAAGAACAACCUGCGGAAAGAGCUAGCACAGUACAUCAACAUCAAUGACAGUAUGUACAACAACCACAUCAACAUUGCUGUGGAUGGAUUGAAGUUCUCAGAAGAUGGAGAGUCCAACAACGAGGAAAAGAUGAAUGGACACAUCCAUACCCCUCUUGUCAAAUUAAAUGGGGAUUAUCGGACUCAGGCAGUUCGCAAGGGGGAGUCACUUCUUCCCGUCUCAGAUCUCUUCAGUGAGUUGAAUAUAUCAGAAAUGCAAAAACUCAAACAACAGCUUAUUCAGGUUGAGAGGGAAAAAUCGAUUCUGUUAACUAAUCUACAAGAGUCUCAGACUCAACUGGAACAUACUAAGGGAGCCCUAACCGAGCAGCAUGAACGGGUCCAUAGACUUACGGAACAUGUGAAUGCAAUGAGGAGGCUCCACAGCGGCAAAGAGCUGGACUUUGAUAAAGCUAAAGUAUCUGGAGAGGAGACUCAUGACUAUGAGGUCGACAUCAAUGGCCUGGAGAUCCUGGAAUGCAAAUAUAAAGUUGCUGUUACGGAGGUGAUCGACCUCAAAGCAGAACUUAAAGCCUUAAAGGAAAAAUACAAUAAGCAUACAGAGAGCUACACGGAAGAGAAGACAAAGCUGGAUUCAAGGAUCCAGAUGUACGACGAAGAGGUUAUGGGUCUAGAGAAAGCCCAUAGGGAGAGUAGUGAUAAACUGAUUCUGUUGGAGAGGGAGCUUCAUAUAAUGACUGCUAUAGCAAACGAGACUCACAACACCCUUAAUACAGCUCAGGAUGAGUUAGUGACUUUUAGUGAAGAGUUAGCCCAACUCUACCAUCAUGUAUGUCUAUGUAACAAUGAAACACCAAACAGAGUUAUGUUGGACUACUACAGGCAAAGCAAGGGUACCCGUAGUGGAAGCUUAAAGGGUCCUGAUGACCCCAGAGGACUUCUAUCCCCAAGGCUGGCCAGGCGGGGUAUAGCUUCACCAGUGGAAGCAAGAAGCCCUUGUGAGUCAGUCCCAAAAGACAGCAUAGAUUCCAGUAGGGAACCCACUCCUCAAAAGUCUGCUACUGUUUCCCCCGUCAUCACUGCCCCCCCAUCCUCGCCUGUAUCUGACUCUAGUGAUAUUCGAAAGGAGCCAAUGAACAUCUACAACCUCAAUGCCAUAAUCAGGGAUCAAAUUAAGCAUUUGCAAAAGGCCGUAGACAAGUCCUUACAGUUGUCACGUCAGCGGGCCGCAGCUAGGGAAUUGGCGGCAAUGAUCGAUAAAGACAAGGAAGCCUUAAUGGAGGAGAUCCUCAAGCUAAAGUCCUUGCUUAGCACCAAACGGGAACAAAUAGCAACUCUCAGAGCUGUGUUAAAGGCGAACAAACAGACUGCAGAAGUUGCUCUUGCAAAUUUGAAAAAUAAGUAUGAAAAUGAAAAGACUAUGGUGACAGAAACAAUGACGAAGUUGAGGAACGAGCUAAAAGCCCUGAAGGAGGACGCAGCCACCUUCUCUUCACUCCGAGCCAUGUUCGCCACCAGGUGUGAUGAGUAUGUGACACAACUGGAUGAGAUGCAGAGACAGCUGGCAGCCGCAGAGGAUGAGAAGAAGACUCUGAACUCUCUCUUACGGAUGGCGAUCCAACAGAAACUAGCACUCACGCAGAGGCUGGAAGACCUAGAGUUUGACCAUGAGCAAUCUUGGCGUACCAAAGGCAAGGCAGGAAAAAGCAAGAUUGGCAGUCCCAAACUGCCUGUCUCCUGGAUCUGUUCUCCAGAACGUAAAAGAGGGCAGGAGGAACAGUGACCAUCACGAAGAGGUGUAGAAAAAGACUGAUGACUGAACUAGGUCAUAUUUUUUAUUAAUUUUAAAGGCGCUCUCUAUUGGUGACUUAAACAUAAAAUUGGUGCAAUGGACACUUGAAAAUAUUUCAUCAUCACUCCUCUACUUCUUCAAUCAGAUGGUGCCUGACAGAAGAUGUAUAUCAAAACUCCUUUUUCUCCUGCAAUUGCAGCACAUCAAAUAAUUCUUCCAGGCUUAGAAAAAUGCAGUCAGUGGAGGCAGACAGUUUAGGAAAAAGCGCAGUUAAUGUAUAUAUAAGGGUCUCUGUAUCAAAGCAAAUUUAAUUAUCCCCGAAAUAUUUAUAUCUAUAUGCAUGAAGAAAAACACAUAAAAUGGUCCUUCCUGGCAUACAUGUUAGGUGUGUUAUUAAAUAGCACACACAAAUUUACAAAUUUUAAAAAUAAUAAUUAUGCAUUUCUGGAAAAAAUUGUUAAGGAACAAAUAUUUCAGCCAAUCAAUUUCUGAACUAGAAAAAAACAACACUGAUCUAAAACCAAGGAAUUGCCAAUAUGGCAUCCGCUAUGGCAGAUCCAAUUUAAAUGUUUAAAAAAAAAAAUAUUGCAUGUGAGAAAUGUUCAGUUAAACUCCAUUUAAGAAAUGUGUAAAACAUUUUACGGUUAAAAAAAAAUUUGCAAAGAAAACGAUUUUGAGGUAAACAUUUUAAAUAGGAUAACAAGUUUACGGUUGUGCAUUGAUACAUAGACCCGGUAAUAUGUAGCACAAAUUGUUAUGCAUUUAAAAAAAGUUUGUGUGGAAUUUAAUUUAUUCUCUCUAGCACACAUUUAUGGACUUAAAGUAGUAUAGAUAUUGUUGUUUUUUUUUAAUUUUUUCUGGAAAUUUGGAAAAACUAUUAUUAUUUACAUUUUAACAAUUUAAACGAGGCAUGCGUGUACUCUUUAAUGGCAUUAUCAUUGUGCCAAGCAGUUUGCAAAUAUUUAAUAAUAUUUAUUUAUUUUAUUCACUCAAUUUAUUUAAAUAGUGUAUUACAUUAUUAUUUUUUUACUUUUAAACAUGUAUUGCAUCUUGUUCAAAACAAAUUUUAACACCAUCUUUGUCCAAAAAUGGUGAGGAAGGCAGACAAUUAUUUAUACAGUAAUUUAGAGUUUCUUGGUGAAUCUGACAUGUACUGAACAUUGACUAUUUAACAAAUAUUCCUUUUAAGACCUAAUAAGCCUCUUCUGUGCCCCACGCUAAAAAGAAUGUUUCAAGUAGUUCCCAGUCUGAUGUAGUUUAUAUUUUUUCCUGAGGCCUGACUUUGCCUAAUUUUAUAUCUAAACUCCACCAAAUGCCAUUCCCCUGACCACAAGAGUGCUCUUAUUAGCCACACAGGGAGACUACUUGGAUAGUGGAAUGGCACUUGGUAUGGCUUAGCCUUCAUUUAGAGUAAAUUAUUAUAUGAUUUUUGUUAUACGUAGGGCUUUAGCAUUUAAAACUUUCAUUAGCUGCCUCUGGUAAACUUUCUGGCAUGAAUGUAGGUGGUACCUUUUAAAGGAAAAAUCAAUUUUCAUCCUAUCCUGUGUGCUCCUGAAAUACAAAACUAAGUGCAGGGAUUUUUAUAAAAAUAUAUCAUGAAUCUAAUUGGAUUUAUGACAUAAACAUCACCUAGGGUGAAAUUGAUUUAUUUUGCAAAGCAAUCCCAUAAAUGUUUCAGGGUAUACAUCUAACAACUAUGCAUUAAAUGUGACCAUUUUUAAUGGACGUGUGUGUGUGUGUAUAUGUGUGUAUGUGUGUUCAUGUGUUUAUUUUGUUAUAAACCUGGCACCAGUAUUAGUUUGGAUUGCAUGUUGUUUUCCUAUUUUGAAUCAAGCUGCAGGUCUUUCUUGCCUCCUUAACUGUGCAUUAGAUGCACCUUCUCUGUUGCCUAAAUGCUCUGGUUGUCUCAGUUGCCUUUUGGGCCGUCCUGACAUAUCCAAACACAAUGUAGUUAGGUAGGACAAAUUGCUGGUUUGUUAUUUGCACCAUGGAACCGGAAAUCAUCUUACGUUUGAUUCAUAAGACAUUACAGAUAGGUAGAAAAAACGUCCUGGUGCUAUUAUAUUACAGUGUCAUAAUACCUCACGGCCAGACAUCAAGUGGUGUUUUUCUGGACAGGCAAAAUUGGAAAUGCUGUAUAUAAUUUACAAGCUAGCAAAAACAAAACUGAAUGCAACAAAUACAUUCAAUUUUGGCAAGCCUCAUCUGGCAUUUUGCUCUUCUUUAUAGCACUAUCAUUGCAAUGUAGGUGUCACACAAAACAAGAACUCCUAUACCCGCCUCUCCAGCAGUCUGUGUGUCCUCCGUUUCCCCUCUGGUCGAGUGCUGCAGCCUCUAUCAGUCUUGCCGGCAUUCAGCGCUUCAGGAAUUGGGAUGAUGUCCUUUGCCAUGUGGUCCCUUCCUCUGACAUCCUAAGUCACUGUGGAGUCCCCUAGUGACAUAGGGGUCAGAGUAUCGAACCAUGGUGGAGUAUAAGAGUUCUUCUUUCAUAUGACUCUUUCAUGUUGAUUUUUUGUAACCUUACAGGGUAGCUUUCAAAAAGAUAACACGCUGCUAGAGAGGGGGUCAAUUCAUCGAAAAUGCAUAAGCAUUCCCCAGCACUUAGUCCACAGCACUUAGCCAAAAAGGACCCCAAUGAAUACCAGUUUAUUACUGUUUAAAAAGAGAGGUAUCUCUUGCAUAUGUUUUGGAAGCAUAUUUUAAAGACCAAAGUGAUGCUGAGAUCUGCUCUAUGGGCGCAUUAGGAUUACGUAGGAAAGGGUUAGAACUUUUGACAAUGUUUGUUAUUGUCUAUGCUUUCCUGUCUUGGUGACAGCCACACCCCUGUUUCUUGUGUGGGUGUCACAGGGACAGGACGUGAAUACAAAGUUCUCUAAUGGGGUCAUAAACAUAACUACUUGACAGACCUGACCUCUUUAUUCUUCCCCACUCAAAUCUAAAAAAAUAUAAUAACAAUGGCUAGAGUUAGGCUUUAAGAGUAAGUGUAUCUGGUGGUUACCACAGGUACAGCAAUACAUGAAAGAUCCAGACUCAUUCAGAUAGUUGUUUCUCCUAUCAUGUAUGUUGACACCUUUCAGUGCACGAAAAAUAUGCCCAUGUAGUCUUUUCGUCUGUAUUUAUGUGGAAUGGUCUCAGAUUCAUUGUUUGUUCAUUUUUUUAAUUAUUUGCUAUUUCAAGGGGCAAUACAGCCCAUGUAAUAUAAUAAUAAAUAAAAGGUUAAUUUUUACA